GCUGUUGCCAUGGAACCCCUCGUCACAACAAAGGGCAAGCUGACCCAGCUAAGGUACGAGCUGCAGCAUCGCGUCCUCGCCUCGGCCGUCUACCCCGUCAAAGCUCCCAAUGGCUCUACCAUUGUCCUCUAUGGCCACGAGACCGGCGUCGGCAUUCUCUGGAGGGGCGGCAGACACGUCAAAACCCCGGCGCCCCAGCCCCCGCAGCCAGCCAAGCCGCCCAAGGUCAACGGGACCACCAGCGAUGCCAUCAUGAUCAUCGACUCGGACGACGACGAGCCUGCAAAAGCAGCCGCCGCCGUGCAGCCCCCGCCCACGGCUGAGUUCGAGGCUGAGGAAGAAGAGCUCGACCCAGACCAGCCCUACCCGUCCAUCGUCCAGCACGUGUCCCUGCCGCUCAGCACUCAAGUUCGCCAUAUCGCCGUGCCUCAAAUACCCCACGCUUCCGCUCUGCGCCCUGGAGACACCAUACCCCCGAUAUUCAGCAAGAACAUGGUCUUCACCGUCACAUGCGCAGACUUGACUGUACGCAUCAUCACGCUGCCGCUGAACCCUCCUCCACAUGCUGCCAAGGACAAGGCGCUCGCUUCAACAUCGCAGUUUGGCGAGGAAAUCGUCAAGAUCCAAGGCCACCAGAGCAUCCCCAGGGGCGUUACCAUGACCUGGACUGCCAAGGGCGAGCCAGGAGCGGUAGAGGAUGCAGCAGAUGACAUGGACGUGGACGGCGAAGGAGAGGCUGCCCCGACACCGAUGCGCAGACAUCGCAGGCAACAGUCACGUUCGCAGUCUCAGCCGCAUGUUGAUGAAGGCUUCGACUUACUCGUGGCCUCGCAUUCCGCCGAGCUGGGUGGCUUGCUGAGAAUCUUCCGCUUUGAACUCUCCGAGACAGCACUCAAAGUCUCGCACCCGCUUGUACCUUACAAGACGAUCACGCUGCGGAAACCUGCCUCGCGUAUUGUGUUCAACACUGCCCAGUAUCCCAAGCGUCGACAUUCUCAACUACUCAUAACAGACUCUAUGGGCAUUGCACGGAUCUAUGACCCAUUCGCUGCACCCAGCCGCAAGCGACGUUUGAGCGGCGCUUCCACUGAGCCAGGUGCCUUUGUGGCUACAUUCAGAGCACCGUUCGAGGCUGUCAAGAGUGUCACGCUCACGCCUCCGGCUCUUGCGUCACGAAAAGCUAUCAUUGAUGCAGCCUGGGCCUCGGAUGGCCGUCACAUCAUUGCUCUACUAGCAGAUGGUGAGUGGGGAGUCUGGGAUGUUGAUCGCUCUGGCCCGAACCCACCAGCAGACCCCUCGACCUUUUCUCUGCGAGGCUAUGUGGGAACAUCAGAAAAGGAUGGAAGUAGCAGCGCCGCUACCAGCCCGAAGCGCGGCGGUCGUAACUCGCUAGCUCCCAUGACACCCAACACACGUCGCAGGAAGGAAGAAGCGCUUUUCCAAGGAACCUCGACCAGCACUGCGGUUGUAACGCGUGGUGGCAUCUCAGUCGCUAGCUUGGCAUCGGCCAAUGCUGCUUCUGAAGAUUCGGUCCUCAUCUGGUACGGCUCGGAAAUCUAUAGGAUAGCAGACCUGGCCAAGUUCUGGACUCGCACCGCCUCUGCCGCCAAUGGUAGCUCAUUGCCAGGUCCUGGCCUCCAAGUCCAAGAUGUGGCACUAUGCGGAGAGGCCAUCAGCUCCAUCUCCCAGUUUGACACUACAACACAGGCAUCACGCAUGGCUGUAGCAAGAGACACUCUGGUCUCCUUGGAACAUCGCCUAGUCAUUACAGCCACCACGAACCAGCCCCUUGGACGAGAUAUGAACGCAAUGUUUGCACGCGAACAACUCGAAGAAGAGACGACCACCAGGACAGAUCAAGCAUUACUUUCUCAUGGUGAGCUUGACCUCGGCGGCAUGGACAGAAUGCUUGACAGCAUGGAAAGCAGCGCAACCAAUGGUGCUAUCUCCAAGAGCCUAACCAUGGGCGGACCUCGAAAGGUUCUUUUUGCCUCGUCUGCAGCUUAACCGCAUUCACCUUAUCAACAGCACAUAUGGAACCCAGUACAGCAAGCGACUUGAAGCUUGCGUUUUGUAAGCCUUUGGAUGACUAAAGUUUACACCUGUGAUAUCCCCAAAAUCAUUAUUUACAUCUGACCACUAGCGGCCACCAGUACCGACAACCUUGGUACGCCUUGU